AGAAGUAUUUUUUUACUGGCCUGGGGCUGUAACUGCCUCCAACUUUAUUUUCCUUACAAGAAUACGCUUUCUUUAUUCCAAAGCAACUUCUGAAUCAUAGCUUCUGAAUAAGUUGACCUUACCAGUAUUUAUAAAUUAGAGGAUAGUUGCACGAGUUAUUACUGAACCAAUGCAUAGCUUUCAUUACCUUAAUGAUUUAUCCAUGCUCCUAUAAUAGCCUUAGAAAGGAAAUUUUUGUUUUUGAGAGUCUACCUCAUUGCAUCUGUUUUUAAUUGAACCAGCCCAUGUUCUUUUCACCUCUUUGGGGACAUUUUCUUAAGAUACAAUCAUACUGCCUGAAAAUCUGCCCCAUAAAAAAAAAAUGCACUAAGUAUGUAUUCAACAUGACUUAUAGAAGACAGUUCAUUCAAUUUAGAUAUUGGAUCCUUUGGGGGUUGUUCAGGCAGACCUUUAUGAGAUCUGGGAAUGGGUGUUUCUAAAAUGCCUCUCUGAAGGUCACUUGCUGGCUUUUAUGUCUUCAUGCUCUAUAGUGUUUGAUAAUCAUUUAUUUAACAAACAUGCGUGUGUCUAAUAUAUAUCAGACAUUGAUAGAUCCUAGGGAUAUAAAGUUGAACGAGGCAAGAUAAUUAGCUUCAAGUAGUUAGGAGAUCAGCAGUUAUAAAAUAAGGUGAAAGAAUUCCUAAGAGAUGUUUGAGUUGAGAGAAGAAUGCACUUUAAAAUUUUUAAACCAUGUCCUGCUUGGAACUGUGACCUUAUACCUUUGGUUCAAAAUUCUCUUCGUUACGCUCCAUCAGUGGCUCUUCUACUUCAUUUCCUAAUUUUAGAUGUUGCCUAAGGUUCAGUUUUCAACACCCUUGACUUUUCCUUAGGUUUCAUCCACUGUUGUGGUGCUAAGAAGUUCAAGAAAUACUUGUUGAGUGCUUAGUAUGGGGAAUGAGUGGGCCAGGCUCAUCAGAUAAUACCCUAAAUUUCUCCUGUCCUGACUUCAAAACAUGAAGAUCGCAUGAGAAGGGACUCUCGAGUUGCUGACUCCCCAUCUUUGGAGGUGUAUCAGGCAGGAAUUUGGUAGAAUUCAGGCAUUAAAUGGAAGUUUUGAAUCAGAUAACUAGGUCUAAGAUGUUUAAUUGCCUACAGGACAUUUUUAUUUGGAAACGCCACAAUUUUCCUUGAUCAACAUAAAAAAACAUUGUAUAUGGAUUACCUUCCCACCUCCUUGCACUCUCUAGCUCUGUUAACAGCACCACUGUUUUUCUAGUCUCUUAGGUUCAAGGCUGUAAUAAUCUUGAACUCUUUACCUUUAUCAGUCACAAGAGUCUGUCGAGCUCUCUUUACAAUCAUUGACACUAUAUUAUUCUAGGCUUUCAUCACCUGGUACCUAGGUCAUUCUGCCUCCAGCUCUGUUCUUUCUCCAAGGGGAUCCACAUUCAAAAUGCAAUCCAGUAUCAAAAUACAAUCUUUACCUUAUUGCGUCCUUUACCUGUAAUUUUCAGUAACGAAGUUAUCUGCAGAGUUGAGGUGAUAUUGCACAAUCUGGAGCCAGCCCGUUUCUCCAAUCACAGCCUCGGUAUGGGAUAAGCAAGGGUGCCCUCCCCGCUAGAACACCAUCCGUCUUCUUGCAGCCCCAAAGAGUAACACCAGUGUCAAGUCCCUGAUGCCUUCCAGGAAUCCACUGACCCGCAGUAAUCUCUCCCUCCGCACAGACAUAGUCCUUAAUUAAUUCAUUUCAACUAACAGCUUUUGGACACCGGUUAUAUUACUGGGCUGCAGUGCGGCACUCACCGCCAUUUAUGGUUUCGAUUGCUUUUUACCUUUUCGACUAAAUGGAUUCCACUGAGAGCUCUUGGGGCUAGGGCUGAGUGUUCUCCCGCUUCAAUAAAUAGAUAAUGAAUUGAAUUAGUGUUUUCCCUUUUCGGAAGCUGUCCCCCAGAGCCUGGUUCAAAUUGAAUAGACCAUAACUUACUGGUCGCAGGAUCUGACCCAACGUGCCACAACUGUGCAAUCGCAGGGCACGUGAGGGAGGCUGGAUGAAAAGCAAUAAUCCUACCAGCGAAAGCACCUAGGGCCCUGCCGGCGUCCUGAGCUCGGCUCUUCUCCCAGGUGCGUGUGGGCGGUGGUGCACGGCCGCUGGGAUUAGUUUUGACCCUUCGCAGCUGCCGUCCACAGCGCCCAGCUGAGCCCCAAAGCCCUUGGAGAGUGCUGGCUCUGGCUUUGCCGCACCUGACCUCUGACUUGGGGUUUCUGUUCGCAGGUUGGUUUUCUUCUCCUCUCUGGGAGUCUUGAGGCCUGGAGGGUAGAGGCCUUCCACGGGUCGGAGAGGGUGCUGGGGAACCUUUUGGAGAGCGCUGGGGGGAGCUCACGCUCCGCAGAGACCCGGGCCCGCUCCUGCCCCGCCCGCGAGUCCAUCCGCCCUCAGGGCUCAGGGUCGGUACGCCACUUAGGGUCCAUUAGUACAGCUGUCCUUGGAUGGGACCAGGCUCCAUUCAACUUGCCGCGUUGGGCUUCCCCUGUCCGGCGAGGGUCUCUCUUCAACGCUGCCGGAACGCCUCCCCAGCCGCCCAGGGUCCUGACCUGACCUGACCCGGCGCGUCGCGUUUUGGGGAAGGCGGGAGAGAAGCUGUACUGAUCGCCCCCUCCUCCCCCCCCCCGCCCCCCGCCAGGGCCUGAACUGCCAAGGUAGCUGGCGUCCUCCUUCACUGCAAGAGGCUGCUAAGUUUUGGUUGAAUAGUUAUACCUCUCUCACCCUUUGCCGCCCAACCUUUGUGGUUUUCUGACCCCAGUGGGGCCCAUUUGGUGCACGCAUGCCUCUGAACAAAGUGGAUUGAAGUCCAUUUUGCCAAUUCCCAAACUAUUAGGAUUUAAACACUUAAUGGAGUUUAGUUUAGUUUAGACAAGCAUAGCUUCUAUGCCUAGCCAGUUUCCUUCUCUGUAAAAUGGGGGUAAUAAUAGUACCUCAUAGAACUAUUGUGAGAAUUAAACGAGAUAAUGCACUUUGAAUGCAAAGUGUUAAUUGCAGCUCCUGUGCUAUUAGUUCUUUUCCUAGAAACAUAAAAAUGGCUGUGACCGGCAGAUGGCACUAGUGUGCAGCAUGUUAGAAGUUACCUGAAGUAUCCGCAUGUGUUUAGAGACCGCCUGGAAAGCUUGGCUUAAUUGGCAGCCUUAAACUUUCUUCAAGGUGGAAAGUUCCUUAGAAAUUAAAUAAUUCUAACCCCCUAUUUUUGUAGGUGAGACCGACUUGACUGGUUUGCUGAAUUAGGUCACAGUGGAUUCUAGGCUCUUUUUUUGUCUGAGGAAGAAGCUAAGCUCAGAAGGAUAUGGUAAGGAACUAGUCAUACAGAGAGUGAAGGAAAGAGCAUUUGUAAAGGCUCUAACAUGGGAAAAAGUCAAGAAAUAAAAUCUAGUAUGCCUGAAGCAUAAUGAAUAAAGGAGAAAGUAGUGAGAGGUGAAGUUGGAUUGGUAGGCUGGAACCUUUGAGCAGGGCCAUGGUAAGGAGUUUGAAUUUUAUUGUGAAUGUGAUAGAAGUAGUUGAAAGAUUUUAAGCAUGGGAAUGCCAAAAUCCUAUUUAUGAUUUUUAAAGUUCACUUCUGCCACUAUGUAGGGGACAAAUUGGAGGAUAGCAUGAGUAGCAGGGACAUGAUCAGCUUGGAAACUUUUGCAGUAAUCCAGGUGAGAGAUAAUGAAAUCUUUAAUUGGAGUGGUAGCAAUGGAGAUGAAGGGGAAAAAAAGUAGACAAAUUAAGACAUAUUUUGAAGGUAAAAUCAGGAGGAUUUAGUGACGGAUUGGAAGGGAAUGAGGAAGAGGGAGGAAUCAAGGAUGAUAUUCUGGUUUUUGGCUUGACCAACUGGGUGGAUGAUUUACCAAGAUGAAGAAAACUGGAGGAAUAACAGAAGAGAUUUGGGGGAGGGGGGAGGUGGUGGAAUAGAGAAUUCAUUUUAGAGUGACUGUUAGGCAUCUUUGCUAUAUCCAAGUGGAAAUAUUUGAUUAGCAUUGGAGCUGAGAGAAAAGAUGUUUGUUGGUGACAUAAAUUUGAGAGUCAUCAGCAAAUGGAUGAUAUUUAAAGCCAAGAGAAUGGACAAGAUAACUAGUCUGUGACAACCUGUAUGUUUGAAUAUCCUUGACAGUUUAAAGCUUUGGCUUUCAGUAGUUAGGUAAAUGAACUGUCCUUACAGUUCUGCAAAUGGUCGUGUAUUUCUUACCUUGUUUGCUCUGAAAUGCCCCAUCCUGUGGUGGAGAGAGAGAAGCAAGAUCCUGAGUCCACAGAUGCUCUGUGGAUCUGGCCAUUAAGCUUGCUGGUUUCUGUUUUCACUUGGCCAUGUCAGUUUUCUGCCACCUACAGGACAGACCAUGAAGCUGAAGGAACUUGAGCGGCCAGCUGUCCAAGUGUGGAGCCCAGCUGGCCUGUACCCUGUGUAUCUGGCCACAGGAACGUCUGCCCAGCAGUUCGAUGCCUCCUUUAGCACAAAUGGCACAUUGGAAAUCUUUGAGGUUGAUUUCGGGAACCCUUCUCUGGACCUGAAACUCAAGGGAGUCCUUUCUGCCUCUAGCAGGUUUCACAAACUGAACUGAGGGAGCUUUGGCAAUGGGCUUCUGGAAGGCUCCGGGGUUAUUGCAGGUGGCGGGGACAAUGGCAUGCUUACUCUAUACAAUGUGACCCACAUCCUGUCUUCGGGGAAGGAACCUGUGAUUGCUCAGAGACAGAAGCACAAGGGGGCUGUCAAAGCCCUCGACUUUAAUCCUUUCCAGGGCAACCUCCAGGCCUCAGGGGCCAAUGAUUCUGAAAUCUUCAUUUCGGAUUUGAAUAAUCUAAGUGUGCCAAUGGCACCAGGAUCCAAGUCACAGCAGCCCCCAGAGGAUAUCAAGGCACUCUCUUGGAACCGGCAAGUCCAACACAUUCUAUCUUCUGCUCACCCCAGUGGCAAGGCGGUUGUGUGGGAUCUCAGGAAGAACAAACCCAUCAUCAAAGUCAGUGAUCACAGCAACAGGAUGCACUGCUCAGGCCUGGCCUGGCACCCAGACAUAGCCACCCAGUUAGUUCUCUGCUCAGAGGAUGAUCGUCUCCCGGUGAUCCAGCUUGCCUUCCCCCUGAAGGUGCUGGAGAGUCACAGCAGGGGUAUCUUGUCAGUGUCAUGGAGUCAGGCUGACUCUGAGCUGCUACUCAGCAGUGCCAAGGACAACCAAAUCUUGUGCUGGAAACUGGGGAGCAGUGAAGUGGUAUAUAAGCUACCCACACAGAGUAGUUGGUGCUUUGAUGUGCAGUGGUGCCCCUGGAACCCUUCAGUGUUCUCUGCUGCCUCCUUUGAUGGCUGGAUCAGUUUAUACUCUCUGAUGGGUAGGAGCUGGGAAGUCCAGCAGAUGAAACAGGCUGAGAAGAUCUCCUCUUCUUUCAGCAGCUUCAGCUCCUUUGGCAGAGGCCAGCCUCUCCUGCCAUUGCAGAUGCCAGAGCAGGUGGCCCAAGCAACGAUGAUACCUUCCCUGAAAAAGCCUCCCAAAUGGAUUAGAAGGCUGACAGGAGUUUCAUUUGCUUUUGGGGGAAAGCUGGUCACCUUUGGCCUCUCCAGUAACCCUGUCCAUCAGAUGCCACAGCAUUGCCCCCGCCUAGUCUUCAUCAGUCAAGUCACCACAGAAUCUGAAUUCCUGAUGAGGUCUGCUGAGCUGCAGGAAGCCCUGGGAUCAGGAAGUCUCCUGAGUUACUGUCAGAACAGGAUCAAGCAAGUUUCAAUGCAAGAUGAAGAGAUGCUUUGGCAGUUCCUGAAGGCAACCUUAGAGCAAGACUCUAGGAUGAAAUUCCUAAAGCUGUUAGGAUGCAGUAAAGAUGAGCUUCAGAAGAAGAAUAAUAAGUGGCUGAAUGGUUGAAGAGUGAAUGGGAGUCCUCAGUCCAAAGGAGAUGACCUCAACAGUAACAGACAACAGACCUUCUACAGCCAGGCCUCCAAACAUACCACAGAAGUUGUCUCUGCCUCCUCAGCUGCCUUUGAUGUGCUGGUCCCUCAGAACGUGACUCAAUGGGAGAUCCUUACCACAGAAGGCACAGAUGGACUCCUGAGCCAAGCUCUUCUGCUCGGGGAACUGGGUCUUGCUGUGGAGCUGUGUCUAAAGGAAGAGCGCUUUGCUGAUGCUAUUAUCCUGGCCCAGGCUGGGGGUGCAGAUCUGUUGAAGCAAACACAGGAGCGCUACUUGGCCAAGAAGAAAACCAAAAUCUCCUUGAUAACUCUUCUAGCCUGUGUUGUGCAGAAGAAUUGGAAGGAUGUGGUGUGUGCCUGUGGCCUGCAGAACUGGAGGGAGGCACUGGCCUUGCUACUGACAUACUCAAGGCCAGAGGAAUUCCAAGCUCUGUGUUUCCAUCUCUCUGCAGACACACUGGGAACUCUCAUGGAGCAGGACGGCAGCAGGGCACUAACCUCCAAAGCCAGACUCUGUUAUGUGUGCUCAGGGAGUAGGGAAUGGCUGGUGAAAUGCUGGGAAAAAUGCCACCAGGCUUCACCUCCCUUGGCUCUGCAGGAUCUGAUGGAGGAGGUGAUGGUCCUCAACAGGAGCGUGGAGCUAUUCUGAGGUCCUGGUGGGAUGUGCCCAGGUCCUGCCACCGCCUACAGAGUUACUCAGUAUGCCAAUCUCUUGGCAGCCCAGGGCAGCCUGGCCCCAGCCAUGAGCUAUCUACCCAGUGACUGUGCUCAGCCAUCAGUUCAGCAGCUGAGAGAUAGACUUUUUCACACUCAGGGUUUUGGUGUCUUGAGCCAACAGUCUCCCCCUCUCCCCUUCCCCUGGGUUGUUGUGGGAGCUGCCCCUCAAUCUAAAGAAAUAUCGUCCUACAGAUUGGGAUUCCAACCUUCUUACCAGGUACCAACUCCAUCUCCAAGGCCAAGGGUUUUCACACCUCAGUCAUCACCAGUGAUGCUCUUGACACCUUCUCAUCCUAGCCCUUAUAAGGAUUCCAGAACCCAGAAUGUAAGUGACUACAGGACACCUGGAUCCCAGGCAGUCCAGCCUUUCCUCCUGGGCCCUGGGGUAAGGACUGUUCUAUCUCAGCUGCAGCAGUUAGGAGGGCAGAGGGCUCAAGCUCCUAACCUCAUGGAAUCUCCUGGAAUAUGGCCUCUUCCAUGUCCCCCUCUACCCAUGACACUCCCUAACAUCAUGCAGCCUAGCUUUGCCUCCGUGCCUAAGACUCCUCAACUGUUCCCUCUGCCUCCUGUGAGACUACCAGGUCCCAGCCCUGUGAGCUCCCAGCUCCCAGCCCCUCCUACCAGUUUCCCUGUGGCAUACUCUCCAGGAGGGCCAGGUUUUCCAUGUUCUAGCACCCUCCUGACCACGGGCACCUUGACUCCUCACCCAGAGCCUCAAGAUUCCUGGAAAGAUGCUCCAGCCCUCAGGAGAAACCUCCAGAGGAAAAAGCUGCCAGAGAUAUUUAUGCCCCCAGCAACAAUUACUGCUCUGGUUAUGAGCCUCACGCCUAAGCCACAAGGUGUCCUUUCAUCACACCCCCUUGUCCCCAGCGUGACUCGUGCUCCCCCUGGGGCUCCAGGAGAUCUCAGCCUGCAGGUGGCAGGUCAAAUUCAACAACUGCCACCAGAAAAGAUAGAAAGGAGGGAACUGCCCCCAGAACAUCAGUCCUUGAAGACCAGCUUUGAGGCACUUCUGCAGUGCUGUUCCCUGUCUGCAACUGACUCAAAGACAAAACGGAAGCUGGCUGAGGCAGCCGAACGUCGAGAAUGUCUCUAUGAAAAGCUCUGGGAGGAGACACUCUCGUCUCAUGUCCUGGCUGGGCUCCACAAGGUCACCUGAUGUGUGGAUGCAGGAAGAUUUGAGCAGGGCCUUGCCGUGCAUGCCCAGGUGGUGAGCUGCAGCAGCUUCAGCGAGGUGUCCAGCUUCAUGCCUGUCCUGAAGGCUCUCCUCACCAUUGCUCAUAAGCUGCAGGUCUAAACCAGGCAGCCUCUCUUGCCAAGAGGCCAUUUCUGCUGUUACUUCACUCCUCCCCUAUAGAAAAGAGAAUUUUGGAACAGAUUCUGUUUGUUUUUCCCAACCCUCUUCCUUUGCUGCCAGGUAUGUGAUCUUAUAGGCUCUGCUCCAAACCAGCUAAGUGCCCACUUCCUACCCUUUUUUUGCCUGGCCUGCCUCUUUCGGUCCCCAAGGCAGGUUAUAAGCCAUUUCUUCACUUUUGCUAAGACCACACUCUGCUAGGACCUGGGCAGGAGGUCUCCCCCACAGAUAAUUGGUUUAAGUGGCUUCUGAGAGGAUGAACAAGUUUGCUACUUCCAGAUCUACCUCUGCUGUACCCAUCUUGUAAGAAAAAGUCUACCCAUCUUUUGUUUUUCCUCUUCUGUGGUUUAUGAAUCUGACCUUACCUUCUUCUUGCCUCUGACUUCCUGUUUCCAGGUCCAUAUUUCUCUCUAACCCCAGGGUAUGGGGUAGAGUUGACUGCUGUUCACACUUGGAACACACUUUGGAUGUGAGGGGUGGGUGCUGAACAGAACCAAGAAAGGGAGCUGUAGCCCUUUUUAAAUGGAACUACUCAUCUGCCAUUAUUUUUAAGAGUUGUUAGGUGUCUUUUCUGGAAACCAUCUUAGGCUGUGAGACAGGAGCAGAGGGACCACAGCCUAUGAGAACAGCUCCUGAUUCCACCUGUGUAUGGGCCCUAGUAGAGGGUGCUAGACCAUUCAUUCUGUGAUGAUAAGCCCAAUUCUGGAAUAGGAGCCAUGUUAACAAUGACCAUCUUCUAGCACUGCUCCUCAAGGGUCGGGCCCUUCUCUCCAUCAGCACAUCUCAGGACUGACUACCUUCUCUGGCUGCACUUUCAUGGUUGGACUCUGCAUUUGAUGCACUGAUGGACUUAAUGGUACAAUAAAGCUGCUUUCAUUUGGUUUCUUUA